GUGUCCAGCAGAGGGCCCUGGCUAGACCAUGGCCAACAGGAUGGGAGGAAGGGCCAUCCAUGCCAGACGCCUGACUGGAGGCGGACCCAGCUGCCAGCUGCCUCUCUUAAUUCCACGCAGCCCUUAGGUCCCUCACCCUCACCUCUCCGAGGCAGCUGUGCCCUGCUUUCCUGGCCAUGCGGUGGCUGUGGCCCCUGGCUGUGUCUCUUGUUGUAGUGUUGACUGUGGGGCUGAGUGGGGUCUCUGGGGCUGCCACCUCAUCUUUAGGUGGGCAUAGAGCCAAGGUCCAGGAGCAGCAGAGUCGACCCCGAAGAGGCACCAAGGACGAGGGGCCCAAGGAGGUACAGCACUAUGUACCUGAGGAGUGGGCUGAAUACCCCAAGCCCAUCCAUCCUGCUGGCCUGCAGCCCACCAAGACUUUGGAGGCCACUAGCCCCAACCCAGACAAGGAUGGGGCCACCCCAGGUAGUGGACAAGAGCUGAGGGCCAACCUGACCGGGACGCCAAGUCAGAGGCUGCAGAUUCAGAACCCCCUAUAUCCGGUGACCGAGAGCUCCUACAGCGCCUACGCCGUCAUGCUCCUGGCUCUGGUGGUGUUUGCUGUGGGUAUCGUUGGCAAUCUGUCUGUCAUGUGCAUUGUGUGGCACAGCUACUACUUGAAGAGUGCCUGGAACUCUAUCCUUGCCAGCCUGGCUCUCUGGGAUUUCCUGGUCCUCUUCUUCUGCCUCCCAAUUGUCAUCUUCAAUGAAAUUACGAAGCAAAGGCUACUUGGGGAUGUUUCUUGCCGGGCAGUGCCCUUCAUGGAGGUCUCCUCCCUGGGAGUCACAACCUUCAGUCUCUGUGCCCUGGGCAUAGACCGAUUCCAUGUGGCCACCAGCACCCUGCCAAAGGUGAGGCCCAUUGAGCGAUGUCAAUCAAUCCUGGCUAAACUAGCUGUCAUCUGGGUGGGCUCCAUGAUGCUGGCCGUGCCCGAACUCCUGCUGUGGCAGCUGGCCCAGGAGCCGGCUCCCACCGCGGGAACUGUGGACUCGUGUAUCAUGAAACCUUCAGCCGACCUGCCCGAAACCGUCUAUUCGCUGGUGAUGACCUACCAGAAUGCCCGCAUGUGGUGGUAUUUUGGUUGCUACUUCUGUCUGCCCAUCCUCUUCACCGUCACCUGUCAGCUGGUGACGUGGCGGGUGCGGGGCCCACCGGGCAGGAAGCCUGAGUGUAGAGCGGGCAGGCAUGAGCAGUGUGAGAGCCAGCUCAACAGCACCGUGGUUGGCCUGACUGUGGUCUAUGCCUUCUGUACGCUCCCUGAGAACGUCUGCAAUAUCGUGGUGGCUUACCUCUCUACCGAGCUCACGCGGCAGACCCUGGACCUCCUGGGCCUCAUCAACCAGUUCUCCACGUUCUUUAAGGGCGCCAUCACCCCUGUGCUCCUCCUGUGCAUCUGCAGGCCGCUGGGCCAGGCCUUUCUGGAUUGCUGCUGCUGCUGCUGCUGCGAGGAGUGCGGUGGGGCCUCAGACUCCUCAGCCACAGUCAACGCGGACAGCAAGCUGAAGGCGGAAGUGUCCUCCUCUAUCUACUUCCACAAGCCCAGGGAGUCGCCCCCACUCCUGCCCCUGGGCACCCCUUGCUGAGUCUAUGGGGGAUCGGGAGCAGGUGCAGAGCCGGCGGGGGAGGGGUGCCAUCCCGGUCCAUGAUGGUCUGCUGAUUCUUUGACACGGUCUCACUUUGACCUCUCUCUCAUCUUGCUGUUUAGAGAUGGACUUGGCUCAUCUUGUCAAAGUCUGGGCUUUUUGAAGCUCCAUCUACAAUCAAUGUCGUUCUUAUCCUCCGAGGGGCCCGCCAGCCUUAUCCUUGUAGAUGGAGCUCUGUCUAGGCCAUUAGAGUUGCCCAGAAUCUCAAUCUGGCCACCCUAGAGCCAGGGCUUGGCCUUUUGCCUAUUCUCCCUUUGGUCUUAGGAUCUGACUAUGGGCUGAGCCUGUCCAUCAUGAUGGAUUGCGUGCUGGUGAGCUCCAACAUCAUUUCUACUCCUACCUAGCCUCCUAUACUGGACUAGGGACUUCUAGGGAGCUAACCUAACCAAGCCCUGGACUCCACUUUCUAAAGUGGGUCUGUCUUAGCCCUGCAUGUGUCUUCCCUUUCCCCAGAGCAUUCUCUCACUCUGUCUUCCGUUCUCAGAGGUUCUCAGUUGCGUUGCCCGACCCUUGCCUCCCGUUAGGUGCUUUUCUGUAGAAGGCCAUUCUGGAAAAAACAAUAAAGUAGGUACCACAACCCUGUGCCCACAGAA